UUUACAAUUUUUUCUGUUAAACCCUAAGAAUGGAAAAACCCCAAAUUGAAAUCCCAAAAACACUCAACAGUAAAAGAUGGCAUCUUCAAAGCCAAACUUACAAUAAAUUAGUUCACAUUCUAUCUCAAUGCUAUAAACAUCCUGAACUUUGCAAAACCCCUAAAUUUACUCCUCAGGAAUUAACAAUCACAGAUGAAGCAAUAGAUGGCAAUGAACCAAAGGAAGCAUCUGAAAAAGAAGUCCCGGAGUGUAGUUUGGUUACUCCUCACGGUGCAGAUCAUAAUGAUUCUGUGGUUAAAAAUAGUCUGUCGAUUAAUGAGAAUGUGGAAGUCAUUGGGUCUCGAGAUGGAGGGCUUAGUGAUACUCAAGCUGCGAUCUAUGAGAUAGAGAAUCUCAUGACACUAGAAGAUGUGGAUGCAUUUAAAGAAAAAAAUCCGGUGGUUGAUGGUGGUGGUGUUGUUGAAAAUAACAUUUUAGAAGAUAAAGGAUUUUGCGAGCUGCAACAGUUGUUAAUGGAUGAUUUAGAGCCUGCAAUAGAAGGAAAUGAAAAAGUUGGUCAUGAUAAGCAGUGCAGUGAUGAUGCGGCUGCAUUUUUUAAUAACCGAGCAGAACAUCUUGGCCCUCAACCAACCGUUAGAGAGGACGGUAGGUGUGUGGAUCUGCAAGAAGUUGACAAAGAAUACAUUGGUCCAAUUAAUUAUGAAAAUAUUCAGUCAUCUUUGGAUAAAAGUAUGACUUGUGAAGUUCCAAAAUCAAUUGAUAAUAGUGAAGAGAAAAGUUUACUUCCAAGAACUAAUGAAUUGAGAGUGAAUCAUGAAAUGCAGCAAAAGGAGAUGGAAUUGCAGAUAUCAGUUUGUGCUAAUGAUGCAGCAGUAGAUUCUUCUAAUCUGAUAAAAGAUGGUGAGAUGGAAGAAGGAGAAAUUGCUGGUGUGUUUAAGGUCAGUGACAGAUUAGUUGAUACAUCUCUUAAAGAUUCUGCAGCUCCUCAGGAGCAGAAUAUGCAACUCUCUAACGAGGCGUUUGAUAGAAAUAAGCACCCUUAUAACGACAAGAAAGAACCAAAUAGAAAGGAUACGGGUUCUGUUUCGACUACAUCAGAUAUGGUGAAAGAAGUGGAAGCCAAAGAUGUUAGAAUUGCGACGUCCUGUAAACGAAAAGUUGUUGUGUACGAAGAUGCUAUAUUUUGUCAAGAGCGAGUUGAAUAUAAGAAACAAAAGACUGGUCAAAAUCAGGAACCAAAAAAAGAUAGUAGAAACAAGAGAAAAAAGAAAGAUAAUGAUGAUAAAACAAAGGUGUGCUCUAAUAAUUUGCCCUUGUCUGCUAAAAAAUCAGAUCAAGAUGCAACUGAUAGGCAAGAAAUUACAUGUAAAGAAAAGCUGCAGCAAGAUACUGAUCUAUGCAUUAAGAAAAAGCGAGGACCUGCUUCUGAGAAAUCGAAACAAAAGAAAAAGGAUAAAAAACGAAAGAAACGAGCUGAAUUAAACCGAGAGCUUGGAGUUAAGAGGCUGAAACUACGGCCAGUGGAGAAACCGAAACCUGUCGUAUUCUGUCGCCAUUACAUGAGAGGCAGAUGCCAUGAGGGUGAAAACUGCAAAUUUUCGCAUGAUACAAUACCUUUGACAAAAUCCAUGCCAUGUUGCCAUUUUGCACGAAACUCAUGCUUGAAAGGGGAUGAUUGUCCGUUUGAUCAUCAGCUCUCUAAGUACCCAUGUACUAAUUAUGCAUCAACAGGUUCUUGCAGCAGAGGCAAGGAUUGCUCAUUCUCGCAUACGUUACCACUCAAGGAAGAUCUUCCACCUACCUCAACUGUUUGCACUCCUGACUUGAAGCCUCCGUCCUUGCCACAUGCAUCAAAUUCUAAAAAACAACAUGAUAGCGGAGGAACUUCUCAUCACACUGCAAAAGCCUCUUCUAACACCGGGAGUUUUCUGUCUCAAAAAAGUGCAGAGAAAAAUGUGCCCAACAGUAGUGGGGGUCUGCAUACGGUGGUACCCAAAGGCAUUAGUUUUCUCUCUACUGGAAAAUCUUCAGUUGCUGAACCCACUCAUUCUACGCCAUCCAGUUCAUAUAUUCCGGCAAGUGAGAGGUUCAAAACUGCAAAUCAGAUGGAUCAAAGAGCAUCAGGCGCAACUAAUAAUUCAAAUGAGAUUCCGAAAACAACUCCAGCGCCUGCAAUGCCUAAAGGGAUAAAUUUCCUCUCUUUUGGCAAAGCUUCAUCGGAAGUUUCCAGUACUAGGAAAUUAUCUAACGGUCCCAAGUCAUCGUUAUCAAGCAGUCUUGAUGGGCAAAAACAAUCUAGCUUAAUAAAGAGCAAUGACACCCAAGCUGACAAAGAAACAAGCCGGAGUAUGUUGAAUUCAACCCCAUGGUUACAUGGGCUGCUGCAGAAAACUGAAUUUUCAGCUUCCCCUCUGAAAUCAAACAAAUUGUCCUUCGGGGGAUCUAUAGAAAAUGCAAAAAAUAAUGUGCCUUCCAGUUCAACUAAACUUGUUGAUGGAGCUUAUCAAGCAAGUGAAAUUUCACCGCUCAAACAUCAGAAUAUGAAGACAAUCUCACAGGGACAAUCAGCUUCUCCACUUGGUUCUGGUCGAUCUGCAGAAUACUUGUCACAGUUAUGCUCUAAAAACACGCCAAAUUCAUCGCAGAAAGCACUACUGUCAACUCUUGCAUUUGCAGCAAAGGUUGAAUCCCAAAUGAAAAUGAAACAAUCCACCACUGGUACUCCUGCUAUCACUAACAGCGCCCACAAGGAAACGAAGGAUAGUAAUACAUCUGGAAGUUCUCAGACAAACUCAGCAAACGCAACAAAAAUUUUGAAUUUCUUAUCUAGUGUUAGUGAUAAAAUGAAGCAGUGACAUGGGACGGGAAUUAUCUAAUGAUCGGUCAUUCCUUCUCCACGUAUUGUUUUCAGCUGUGUAGAAAAUGAGAAAUGUUAAAAUGAGAAACACCGAAGAGAUGACAACAAAACAGCAUUUUUUACAAGAAUAAGCUAUAAGUAUAUAGUUUACGACGUUGAUAGGUGUUUCCCGUAAAUGGAGUUGAAAUGCUGAAACAUAGAAUUUGAGAAGUUUCUGUGCAACAUAGUUUUUCAGCUCUACUUGACCAGGUGGUUAUUACUGGUAAAUUAUUUGGUAGCCAACGGAGGUAAACAGAGUACACAUUUCGAAAGAAUUUUACUGAAAUUUCUCGCGGUUAAAACAAUUCGGCUGUCAGCAAGGCUGGCGGUGGCAGGUUCAUUAUGUUGCCAGAUUCUUAGCUUUUAUGUCUGGACGAUAUGAACUGGUUUACGUUUGGCUUAGUAAUUAAUUAUCAUGGUAGUUACAGCUUACACUUGAUUUCGGUCCAUAAAUUUGUGUGACAGGGUCAAUUAGGUCUGAUUUCAUAGAUUAAGGUCAAAUAGACUCAAAAAAUCAUAAUUUCAGUUUAAAUUGAUCAAUAUAUAUUUAUCAUUUCAUCUCGUUUUAGAUCUAUUUGAUAUUAUUUUAGAAAUUAUUAGGUUUAUCUGAUUUCGGUUGAUUAAAUUAAAUCUAUUUGAUUUUGUCACACAAGUUUAAGGACGGAAUAAUUCUUCUCUAUCUAUGUAUAAUAAUUAUAGAAAGUGGUAACUGGAGAAUUUUACAUCUGGUAAAAAAAUGAUGUUUUUGAUUUCAUAUAAAAGCAUUGAUAAUAUCAUCUUUACAAUAAAGGUUCAUUUUACUCCC